AUGGUUCGUCAAGAGUCUCCUGACAUGCCGGGAGAUCGCAGCAGACUGUGGAUUAAAGAGGAAAUCAUCAAAAUGUUCAUAGAUGACAUUGGCACAUCAGCUGUCGAAGGCAUUUUCCUGGACAUGUCGAAGCUCAAAUUCGAGGCAAAUCCAAAGCUAAGUCUUCUGCACUGGGAACAUUACCCUUUAGACUCAUUACCGCAAAGCUUCGACCCAAAGAACCUCGUAGAGAUCAACUUACCCAAUAGCUGUGUAAAACAACUUUGGAAAGGAGAAAAGAGUCUGGAAAAGCUGAAGAAGUUGAGACUUAGCUUCUCCUACAACCUAACAGAACUCCCAAGAAUUUCAAGUGCACCAAAUCUGGAGUACAUUGAUCUUGAAGGUUGCAAUAGUUUGGUGAGCAUCAGCCAGUCUAUCUGUCGUCUUAAAAAGCUAGUGUUUCUGAAUCUGAAGGACUGCUCGAAUCUGAAGCAUAUUCCAUCUACGUUGAGGUUAGAGGUUUUGAAUAUUGCUGGAUGCUCGAAGCUUCACUAA